GACGACACGAGCACGCCGAGCGAAACGCUACCGGCAACGCCAAGACCCGCGCGGGAGACCCAACCGGAGUCCAGGCUCGAGAGUAGUGGGCGGGCGGUAGCAUGCACCGUCACCUCGGUCGUUAGUACCACCCGAUCACCACCCACCGCGCGCCGCCCCCAUAAAUCAGCAGCAUCAUUACCCGCCUCCACCGCCGCCGCCGCCCUCCCGCCUAUUCUCGCCCGUCGACCGACCCGACCCCUUCGUGAGACAGGGAGCUCAGGAAAAUGGGCAACUGCCAGGCGGCGGAGGAGGCGACGGUGGUGGUGCAGCACCCGGGCGGGCGGGUGGAGCGGCUCUACUGGGCCACCAGCGCCGCCGAGGUCAUGCGCGCUCACCCCGGCCACUACGUCGCGCUCGUCACCCUCCGCGUCACCGAGGACGCGGGCCAGCCGCGGCGCGGCGCGGUGCGGCUGACGCGGGUGAAGCUGCUCAAGCCCCGGGACACGCUGCAGCUCGGCCACGCCUACCGCCUCAUCGCCGUCGACGAGGUCUCCAGGGCCGUGCAGGCCAGGAAGGAGGAGAAGACCAGGAGGGCGCAGCGCCAGAGCCAGCCGGCCGGCGGGAGGCCGGCCUCCGCCGGCGAUGACCAGUCCCUCAUGGACGAUGGUCUCGAUCAGUUGGAGCGCCAGGACAGGGACGGCCACCCGAGCAGCUCGACAAAAACGUCGAGGCACCGCCAGUGGCGCCCUUCUCUGCACAGCAUCGCCGAAGUCAGCAGCUGAUGCGGCCGACGACGCAUGGCCUGUAGCCCAAGUUCAUCUCAUCAGAUGGUCGCCACUUGCUAGAUUCAAGGUCAACAGCUCGACGCCGGAAGAGGAGCAUUGUCUACAAAUUACCGGUUUUAACUCAUGUUUUUAGUGAGAUUAAGGUUGGUGCCUCUUGCAUCUCAGUGUUGGGUUGGGACAAAAGAGAAAGUUUGAGCUAGCAGUGUGGUGUUCGGUGUAGUAGUGGUAGUAGUAUAUUCAGGUAUGAUGCAAAGUACGUAUCUUUGCAGGUGGGUUUUGAGGAUCUUGCUGUUGCUGUGUACUGUAAUGUGUUGUUGUUGAUGGUGGUGGUGGCCGAAUUCGCAAUCAUAGGCUCGCUGCAUAUUUGUUGCAA